AUGCCAUUCGGAAACACCCACAACAAGUUCAAAAUGAACUACAAGCCGGAGGAGGAGUACCCUGACCUCACCAAGCACAACAACCACAUGGCCAAGGUGCUGACCCCCGACCUCUACAAGAAGCUUCGGGACAAGGAGACGCCGUCGGGCUUCACGCUGGAUGAUGUCAUUCAGACUGGGGUGGACAAUCCAGGUCACCCCUUCAUCAUGACCGUGGGCUCCGUGGCCGGGGACGAGGAGAGCUACGAAGUGUUCAAGGAUCUCUUCGACCCCAUCAUCCAGGACCGCCACGGGGGCUACAAGCCCACCGACAAGCACAAGACCGACCUCAACCACGAGAACCUCAAGGGUGGAGACGACCUGGACCCCAACUACGUGUUCAGCAGCCGCGUCCGCACCGGCCGCAGCAUCAAGGGCUACUCGCUGCCCCCACACUGCUCCCGGGGGGAGCGCAGGGCCGUGGAGAAACUCUCCGUGGAAGCCCUCAACAGCCUGACAGGUGAGUUCAAGGGCAAAUACUACCCCCUGAAGAGCAUGACGGAGGCCGAGCAGCAGCAGCUCAUCGAUGACCACUUCCUCUUUGACAAGCCCGUGUCCCCUCUGCUGCUGGCCUCAGGCAUGGCCCGGGACUGGCCCGACGCCCGCGGCAUCUGGCACAAUGACAACAAGACUUUCCUGGUGUGGGUGAACGAGGAAGAUCACCUCCGGGUCAUCUCCAUGCAGAAGGGGGGCAACAUGAAGGAGGUUUUCCGCCGCUUCUGCGUGGGGCUGCAGAAGAUCGAGGAGAUCUUCAAGAAAGCCGGUCACCCCUUCAUGUGGAAUGAGCACCUGGGCUAUGUGCUUACCUGCCCUUCCAAUCUGGGCACUGGGCUGCGUGGCGGCGUGCACGUGAAGCUGGAGCAUCUGAGCAAGCACCCCAAAUUCGAGGAGAUCCUCACCCGCCUGCGCCUGCAGAAGCGGGGCACAGGCGGCGUUGACACAGCUGCCGUGGGCUCGGUGUUCGACGUGUCCAACGCGGAUCGUCUGGGCUCGUCCGAGGUGGAGCAGGUGCAGCUGGUGGUGGACGGCGUGAAGCUCAUGGUGGAAAUGGAGAAGAAACUGGAGAAGGGCGGCUCCAUCGACGACAUGAUUCCCGCCCAGAAAUAG